CAGUUGGGCGUGGAUCUUUAUCACCAGUUGUUGGUGUUGUCCUUUCACAUCGCAGUGGCCACCGGUUUGGUACUUUGUUGAUGGGUUAAGUGUUGUGGGUUUGUUGAGGCGUUUCUUCUUGGCUCCCAUUCGGUGGUGACCGGUGAGGUAGGGGAAAGUAGAAGAGCUAGAGAGAAAGCAAAAAGGGGAGGAGAUUUGCAGGCUGUUUUUCGGUUUUGGCACAAUGAAGCAUAUGAAGCUUGGCUCCAAGCCGGAUGUCUUUCAGACAGAGGGCAGCAAUAUCAGGUUUGUUGCAACAGAGCUGGCAACAGACAUCGUUAUCUCCAUAGGGGAUGUCAAGUUUUAUCUUCACAAGUUCCCUCUUUUGUCAAAGAGUUCACGGUUGCAAAGAUUAGUAGCUUCAAGUAACCAGGAAAGCGACGAUGAAGUGAAUAUAUCCGACAUUCCUGGUGGUGCUUCUGCAUUUGAAAUUUGUGCCAAGUUUUGCUACGGCAUGAUUGUAACACUCAAUGCAUAUAAUGUUCUUGCUGCUCGUUGUGCAGCUGAGUACCUAGAAAUGUUUGAGACCAUUGACAAAGGAAAUCUUAUCUACAAAAUUGAUGUGUUCUUGACAUCGAGCAUUUUUCGCACCUGGAAAGACUCAAUCAUAGUUCUGCAAAGUACAAAGUCGUUGCUGCCAUGGUCUGAGAAUUUGAAGGUAAUCAACCACUGCAUUGAUUCCAUUGCAUCGAAGGCGUCAAUUGAUCCGUCAGAGGUUGAGUGGUCAUACACCUACAACAGAAAAAAGCUCCAAUCCAAGAAUGGUGUUGAUUCUCACUGGAAUGGAGUCAGGAUGCAACAGAUGGUCCCUAAGGACUGGUGGGUUGAGGACCUUUCUGAACUUGAAAUGGAUUUGUACAAGCGUGUGCUCCUAACAAUCAAGGCAAAGGGAAGAACACCUGCUGUAGUUAUUGGAGAAGCACUAAGAGUCUAUGCAUUCCGAUGGCUGUUUGGUUCCCUUGAAGAUGCUGUGAGCAAUGGAAUUGAUUGCACAAAACGUCGUGCAGUUCUCGAAAGCAUUGUAUUUCUGCUGCCCACUGAAAAAGGUUCAGUGUCAUGUGGUUUUCUUCUCAAGUUACUAAAUGCUGCAUGCUUGCUGGAAUCUGGAGAGUUUUAUCGUGAUAACUUGGUAAAGAGAAUAGGCACCCAACUGGAUGGUGCUUCAGUUGCAGACCUUCUUAUACCAGCAACCAGUGCUGAAAAUGGUGUGUAUAAUGUUGACCUGAUCAUGGCAAUAGUAGAGCAGUUCAUGUCACAUCAUAGUGAUAAUGGUAAAAUGACUUUUCAAGAUGAUGAUGAAAUUGUGGAAGUCGAGAAGUUUGCUUCUGUUUCCAGCACGUCAAAGCUGGCAGUUGCAAAGCUGGUCGAUGAAUAUCUUGGUGAGAUCGCUAAAGACCCUAACCUGCCUGUUCUGAAGUUCAUUGCACUUGCUGAAAUGGUGUCUGCCUCGUCCCGACAAAUGCAUGACGAACUAUACCAUGCCAUCGACAUGUAUCUAAAGGAGCACCCCAGCCUAUCAAAGAGCGAAAAGAAGAGAUUAUGUGGAUUGAUGGACUGCAAGAAGCUGUCCCAGGAGGCCUGCAUGCACGCGGUGCAGAAUGAACGGCUUCCUCUGCGUGUCGUUGUGCAAGUUCUCUUCUUUGAGCAAGUCCGAGCAUCAGCCGCUUCUGCCAGGAGUGACUCUGGAGCCGACCUUUCAUCCGCUGUUCACUCGCUUCUUCCCAGAGAGAACGGCAACUCAUACGGCAGCUCAAGGUCAGCCGCCACAACAACAACCGAAGAGGAAGGCAGUGGAGUCCCGACAUCCAGCGACAUAAACUCUUUCAGGUCGAUGCGGCUCGCGAACAACUGCGGUGGCAGCGAGAGGAGCAGCACAAGCAGCGACAUCAACAAGAACGGCGAAGACAAGAGCACCACCACCGGCAAGGCGAAAGUGAUGCUGAUGCCGAAGAUGCUAAGCAAGCUCUGGUCUGGGAAGACGCACGUUGGCGAGAACAGCAGCUCAGACGCGUCGGUGAGCCCCGGAUCCGCCAACCCGGAGGAGGUGAAGUCGACGCCGUCACGGAACACGAGGCAAUCGACGUCCUAGUGGCUGGUGCUAACAGUAUCAUAGCACACGUAGUUUUUCGCUGUCAUUGCUUUGAUUUUUUGCUUUACACGAGAGUAGCAAUCUUAAAAAGUGGAGUACUACUGACUGCCCUGCCCUGUCGCCAAUGAUGUUUUUGAAGCAUUUUAUGCUAGUAACUGGUGUAGCCCGUAGAGGUCUGGCCAUUGGUGUUCAGGAACACAUUUCAGGAGAUAAAACUGUAAUUGUUUUUGUUUUCGGUGGCAAUAUAAAAGGAAGCCUUUUUUGGA